GUGGCAUUAUGCUAUACUGUUGUUAUGACCCGGAUAAAAAAUUAAAAAAUGUAAAUAGUUAUGUUUUACAUUAUAUGAGUUCCUUUUUUAAAUAUGAACCGUGUUAAAAUAACAAUGGCGGAAUUAUAUAGGUAAUGAUUAUAAUCAUUGUUAUUUAAUAAAAUAUGUAAUGUAAAAUAACAUACACAACAAAUGUAAAAGUAAUACACGUGCAAGUGAUAAGUGAAAAAGUGAACAAUCGAACAACUGUGAGUGACAAAAAAGUGAAGUGGCCAAAAACAAAAUGCGUCGUCGGCAUUUACCACCCGUUCGCGAAGAACCAAAAAAAAUAAUUUGUAACAAUGAUUGGAUAAUUUAUACUCUAGUAGCUUCCAUAGCUGCUAUAACGUACUCUAACAGUUUGAACGGUGAUUUUGUCCAUGAUGACAUUCCUGCUAUAGUUACGAACGGGGAUGUGACAGGAGUGAACACGGUAGUGACUGUGUUUAAGAACGACUUUUGGGGCACACCGAUGAGUGAUCCGGGUAGCCACAAGUCGUACAGGCCGCUGACUACGCUGACUUUCAGACUAAACUACUUCUUCUCCGGCCUGUCCCCCUGGUACUGGCACGUCACCAACGCAUUUCUCCACUGCGUCAGUUGCACGCUAGUCGCGCGCGCGAGCGCGACAAUCGCACGACUGCGUCGACCGUUCGCGGCGCUCGCUGGGCUAUUGUUCGCGCUGCACCCUGUUCAUAGUGAAGCGGUAGCAGGAGUGGUGGGGCGAGCCGAUGUGCUAGCUUCAAUAUUCUUUCUGUCAUCAAUACUUAUGUACCACGGAUGCUCCAACCGUUACCGCGCCUGCUGGAGCGUUGUUCUGGCUGCCCUCAGCAUGUUGGCAAAAGAGACAGGCCUUACUGCGUUGCUGGUCAAUAUAGUCUUGGAUCUGUACAAGAGUUGGCCUGGAGCAAGAUGUUCUCUCAUGGUGAAAUGGCGUUGGAAAGGCGACGCGUGCGCGCGCAUCAGUAUUGCGUUAGCAGGACUGGUACUGUUGGCGACAGCCAGAGUUGCUCUUCUGCAGGGUUCGCUGCCUGCGUUCUCACCGCAAGACAAUCCACCAGCAUUCCAUCCUUCAUUCCUGGUCAGACUAAUGACGUUCUGCUACCUGGCGGCGUUCAACUGGUGGCUACUUCUCUGCCCGUGGACUCUCAGCCACGACUGGCAGAUGGGCUCCGUUCCAUUGGUCACCAGCGGAUGGGACCCUAGGAAUCUUCUUACGGUUGCUGCCCUGAUUGUGCUGAUAGCACUAUCGUAUAAAUGCUGGAUAGAUUUGGAGCUCCAAAGACACCCCCCUGCUGCAGUUGGCCUGAUGCUGCUGGUGAUACCGUACCUGCCGGCGUCGAACUUGCUGGUGACUGUCGGCUUCGUGGUUGCUGAGAGAGUACUGUAUCUGCCAAGCGUGGGCUCAGUGAUCCUUACAGCCUACGGUAUUCAGCUGCUCUGGCGUCGCUCUGACCGUCGUCUACUGUUGGUCGGAGCAGCGAUCUUGGCUGCCAGCUUCGCAGCAAGAACUAUCAUGAGGAACCAGGAUUGGAGAACAAGGGAGACACUUUUGAGGGCGGACUUGGCGGUGUUACCGCACAACGCCAAACUGCACUACAACUUCGCAAACUUCUUGAAAGACAAGGAGCAACAAGAAAAUGCUAUCAAACAUUAUAAGGAAGCUUUGAAGUUGUGGCCUAGUUAUGCCAGCGCACACAACAACCUAGGCACCCUGGUGAUCGCGUCAGGCCGGGCCGAGCACCACUUCCUGCAGGCGCUCAAAUACAACAGGGAUCAUGUCAAUGCGCACUAUAAUCUUGCCAAACUAUACAGGAAGAAAAACCGCCUGGCCGACGCCCUCAAAAUGAUAGAACGCUGCUUAGCCCUGGAGCCUCGCUUCGUCCAGGCCUACAUAGAACUACUGCAGCUGAAGAACGAGGACCAGAAGAGGGGGAUCCUGGACAAACUCCUGGAGUUGGAACCAAGGAACUGGGAACACUAUGUGCUGUACGGGGACUGGUUUAAGGGCAGAGGCCUCCUACCCAUCUCUCUAAAUUACUACAUGACCGCCUUGAAACUCUCUCUCGCAAGCGGAGACCGUCGCGGCGUCGCAGCCCUCCGGGCAGCGUGUUUAGUACUGCGACAGAAGGGACAAUGGGCGAGGGCGUUACAUCUUAUUAUCAGGUGGCAGACCAUGCGCGGCGACGCGCGCGCGGCGGGCGCCCGGGCGCUGUGGGCGCGCGCGUGGCGCCUGCGCCGCGAGCUGCAGGGCCGCGCCGCGCUCUACGCGCGCCCCCGGACAGACCCAGAGCAGCCAAAAUCUACCUGCCUAGACUACAGUCAACUGGAACUACGGGAUCCUGCAGAAAAACAUAACAAAAAAGCACAAUCAAACACUCUUCUCAGCGAAACUAAAAAUAAUGCCAAAGAUAAAAGUUGCCAAAAUGAAAGUGCCAAAAAAGUAUCAAUAUUGACUCAAUUUAAACCCAUACAUAAUAAGAGUGAGACGGGAAAGAGUUGCUCCUUGAGGAAAAAAGAGAUAAAAGAUGCGGAUUUAACCCCUUUCGUGUCGGACCAUUUGAUAAAGACUUAUUAAAAUAAGUUAAGUUAGGUACUUAUUAUUAUUAAGAUACGAAUAAGAUGUGUUUUUAAUGUCACUUUAGCAGGGAAUCUUUGAAAUUUCACUUUUAGGGGAAAAAAUGCAAUAGUUAUAAGUUCAUAACAUACACAAAAAAUUUAAAAUCUAGUUAUAUGUAUAAGUAUGUGUCGUUGCAUACCUUACCUCUCAGUAAAUCAGUGUAUUUUAAUAAUUAUAUAAAGAUGCUGGCAAAAUAUGUGCAUUUAUCUAUUAAAUUUAAAAAGUCAAAUAGUACUCUAAUCGAAAUGCUCUAGUUUUGCUGACUGUCUGUUGUAUAACAACACAGUUAUCAGUAUUCUUAUGUAACAUUAGAACACUGUUUAUGGUAUAUUAAAAAAGUUUAUACGGGCUACGGCCAAUGAGAAUGGGGCCAGUACAGUGGUGUCACUCACGAAUUCGAGCCAAUCGUGCAGUCUAACGCCACAACGCGAUUGGUUGAUGAGGUCGCAUCACGCGCGCGAUUGGUCGCAACUAGUUGCGUUAGACUGCACGAUUGGCUCGAAUUCGUGAGUGACACCACUGAACUAGCACCAUUCUUAGUGCCCGUAAGGCCCGUCCUUAGAUAUAUGUCAAUGAGGUUAUAUAUUUAUUUUUAUUAGUAUAAUUUCUACAUAUAUGCUUCAUGCAUUGCAAUGCACUAGCUGUUGACUUUUGAUAUUGAGUUCUUCAUUUCCUGCUACCCAAAGGUUGUCUAGAAAAGAUUGCUUUUAGCGAUAAGAUCGCCUGUUUUUUCCUAGUUACAAUUUUCUUCUAAAUAUUCAGUGUAAUGUUACAUGUAAUGUUAAUGGAACAAUUAAUAUUAUUUACUUGAAAUUCAGACAGGCAUUUAAAUAAUAAAAUAUAAAAAUAUUUGAAUGUAAAUAGCUCAAUUGUAAUCGAUUUGUAAAUAUUGGAAUUGAUAUAACUAAGCCAUCAUAAGUAUUGAUAUAACU